ACUCCGGGAACCUCCCCCAACACUUUCACACUCUCAACACCAGCAGACCCUGAUUACCUUAAGGGCCCAAACCGUGGGGCAUCCUGCAAGGAGCUUGCUCCCCACCCUCUCCAGCCCAGAAACCUGCCAAGAUUUCUCACCUCUCCGAAGCCACCACCCAAAGGCAACCACACUGCUCUGGUGCCCAUGGGCUGGAAAAUGAGCCUGGCCAUGGCAGCCCUGCUUCUGGGUCUUACGAUGGUGGUGACAGAAGACGAGGAGGAAAAUGACCCGUGCGUCUACGAGGCCCUGUCUGACAAUGAUGCUGUCCUCUGCAAGGGCCUUGAGGUUUUCUACCCAGAGUUGGGGAAUGUUGGCUGCAUGUUUGUUCCUGUCUGCAACAACUAUAGACAGAAGAUCACCUCCUGGGCCAAGCCCAUCGUCAAGUUCCCUGGGGCCAUGGAGGGCGCAACCUACAUGCUGGUGAUGGUGGAUCCAGAUGUCCCCAGCAGGUCUUCUCCCAAAGCCCAAUUCUGGAGACAUUGGCUGGUGACAGACAUCAAGGGCAUUGACCUAAAGAAAGGGAAGAUUCAGGGCCAGGAGCUAACAGCCUACCAGCCUCCCUCCCCACCAGCACAAAGUGGCUUCCAUCGCUACCAGUUCUUCAUCUAUCUUCAGGAAGAAAAGACCAUCUCUCUCCUUCCCAAAGAAAACAAAACCAGAGGUUCUUGGAAAAUGGACAGAUUUCUGAACCGCUUCCACCUGAGCGAACCUGAAGCAAGCACCCAGUUCAUGACCCAAAAUUACCAGGACUCGCCAAUUCUCCAGGCUCCUGGAGGAGGAAGCAGUGAGCCCAAGGACAAACCCAAGCCUACGUAACUGCCCACCAGACCUCAGGCUUCACCCGGCAGGUGUGUGUCCCCAUUGCCACAACCGAUGGUCUGGUAUGGAACCCCUUCUCUUCCAAAUUAAAAACAAAUCCUCCAGGGCUUACU